CAUUGAUAUUUACUAUUAUUGCGUUACUAGAUGAUUAUAAACGGAUCCUUUUAUUUUGAUAUUGAUUAAUUCAUUUACCAUUAAAGGUUUGUUUAUAGAAUUCGUAUUACUUACAAAACAUCAAAACGUGUAAGAAGAGGAGAGUGAAAUGUAUGCAUUCUAUGGUUAAUGAGGAUCAAUGAACAUGUUUAGGCACGAAAAGGAGCUUUCGCUGUCGAGGACGGACUCUGGAUAUGUCACCAGUCAUGCUUUUAAAGGGUACAUUUUGAAGCAUAAAUUCAUGAAAAGGUGAGUAUUUACCUCCAUGCACUUUCCACAGAAAUCAGCAAACGGAGAAAAUGAAAGUAUGCUAAUAAACAAGACAGGUCACCGCCGCUGGAGAACAGAACAUAACUUGUAAACCGCAAACAUCAGGAGCAGGGCAUGUAUGUUCGAUCCGUUGACUGUAUAGAAAAAUACAUGUACAAACAAGUAUUAUUUUAACAUUACGUACAAAGCAAACGGUAUAAAAAUGAAGAUACUGAAUAAAAUAAGAAAUAAGAACAUUUUAAAUGGUAAAGGGCGAUUAUUGAAGUUAAUGUACAAAAAUACUUUUUCAUGGAACAAGAUAUUGAUCUACAUGGUAUUAGUAACGCAUGUAUUCAAAGACUGCUUGAUCGCUUUUUGUGACGAAGAGGUAUAUAUUUUUACAUGUUUGUCAGUGGAGCUGUUAGCUAUUCUUCAAAAAUGCCCAUUUAGAAAACAUGUAGACAUAAACGACGUUCAAAGUCUAAUCAAUAUAUAUGGAUUAAAUCAUGAACUGGUCUGUUUUUGGACAGAUAAAGGGAAUGCAAGAGCAAUGCCACAAUGCCUUGAAACAUCGCUGUUAUUUAAAGAAAUCUCAAAAGAAAUUCACGAAGCUCGCAAUUUUUCAGAGAUACUGUUUGUAGAGUUUGAAAGUUUACUUCGUAGCAGUAAUACAGAUAAGCUGAGUAAGCAACGACUUUAUAAGGUGAAUAAUAAAAGGAAAAUACUGGGUGAAAAGCCCUUAUCGUUAACUAGAAGAUCCAAUAAAAGAAAAUUGAAAGUGUCGUUGAGAAACUUGGUGAAAAAUGAAGAACGAAACAUUUAUCCGUACACUAGAAGUCAGGACGAGUUUCCUCUACAGGUAUCUGGGGAACAAGACAAUGAAGGACAAAGUUUAAUCGCAUUUUCGAAUGGCGCCUUGUUCCAAACACUGCCUAAUAAUCAGUCAAGUUUAAAUGAAUCAUCAAUACCGACAGAAAGGUCCGAACGUUCAGUUGUCAAGGCAAGAUAUCCUGAAUAUAUUAAUAUACAUGAACGAAUUAGGUCGUAUGCAAGAUGGACUCACAGAAAACCAGACCCUUCUCAGCUGAGUGAAGCAGGAUUUUUCUUUACGGACCAAGGGGAUUUAGUCCGCUGCUUUCAGUGUGGGAUUGGACUCAAAGACUUUUCACAAGACGACAAUCCUCUCUAUGAGCAUGUACGACAUUCAAGUCAGUGUCCGUUUCUGUUACAAUACCUUGGACAGACACAAUUAUCGGGGCUUUUGACUCAGCUGCAAAUGCAAGACCCCGAACUUAACAGACAAAGGCAAUUGGAAAUUAGUGAAAGUACUUGUCCAGAAUUAAACUACACAGUUCGACAUCCCGAAUAUCAAACUUUUGAACUACGACUUAACACGUUUGACAAAUGGCCGAGGCAUUUGAUCCAAACCCCACGACAGUUGGCGGAGGCUGGUCUAUAUUACACGGGAUUUGAGGACCUUGUUCGUUGUUUUGCUUGUGAUGGGGGCCUAAGGCGCUGGGAUGCAGAAGACGAACCGUGGACAGAACAUUGUCGCUGGUUUCCGGCUUGUCCUUUUGUUAGAGCUGAGAAAGGGGAUGAUUUCAUUGCAUUAGUCCAAGCCUCGUCAAAUUAUGGAAAUGAGGAAAAUGGUGAAGAUUUGUCUAGUACAAUGCAACAAAUGACUCUGCGGGACCCAGUAUAUAAUGCAGCCCUAAAUGAACAUAAAGACACCUGUCUUGAAAUGGGAUAUCAAUUAGAAGACUUUAAUGAAGCUGUUCAGGAAAUUAGAGAUAGGGGUAAUAUUCUGCUUUGUACCAUUUUGCCGCAUAUUGAGGAAAUUCUUGAUACAAUCGAGGUUAUCAAAGAAAGAAAACGUCAAUCGCUUAUAGAAGAAAAGAAACAAAAUGGUAGUGUAAAAUAA